CUAACUUCGGUACAUGAGCAAAUUCAGACUUGCUGUUUGCUGAAAGAUGAAAUCUUUAAGCUUCACAAAAUACAUCAGUUGGUUUUCAUGUUGUUCUGCAUGAAUUAGUCACCAUAGUAACAAAAAAACCUUAAAAGUCCCAUACUUAGAUCGUAUUUUUUUAUAUUUUGCAUAAGUAACAAGGUCCAAUUUCGUUGCUAAGUCUGCUCAUCGGUGAAUUUAACAAGGUUUUAUGUUUACUUUUAUAUUUCAAAUAUUUCCCAUAAUUAUUUAUCAAUGUUUUUACUCUAAAUGACCGAAAGUUUAUAAAACAUUGUCCUUUUUAUAUUUCAGUACAACUGAGAAUAUAAAAUAUGCCAUUGGUCAAGCACUUCAGUUGCGAGCCGAACUAAAUGCAAGAGAUGACAAAGUCAAGUCAUAUUUAGAAGAAGGUAAAAGAUUGAAAGCUUCAUUCAAACAACAUUUAAUGCAAUAUGAUAAGUCAAGAUAUGAAAAGUGCCAUCAGCCAUACGAAAUGUCUCAGUUAUAUUCGAAAACGGAAAUGGGAAAACAACAUGGAACUAAUAAUCCAACUGAUGAAAUACAAAUUUGUAAGAUCAGUGAACAGCAGAAAAAGUUACGGAAUAAUACCUUACAAAAUGUGAAUAUUACUGACAAGGAUUGUAUUAUAGAAAAAGUUGAACAACACAGUCGAAUUGCAACAGUUAGAUCAAUUUCCUCUGAUCUUCACCUUGAAUCUAUGAGGUUAAAUGCAAAUUACAGUCAAAAGUCAGAUUCAUCAUCUAUGGCAUUAAAUCAACCGGAUUUACAACGCGAGAGUCAUAUGAGCGAUGAAGAAGACCAAAUAAUAACAGAUCUCCGGUUACGUAUGACACGAUUAGUAACAUCAUGGUAUAAUUUGCACAAGAAAUGGCAUCAAAUAUAUGAACGACUAGAAUUACAACUUAGUAUUAAUGAAUUUGCAAGUGUCGCAGAUUCUUUGGAACAUUGGCUGGUACUUCAUUCAGCAGAAGUAGAAUGUUUAGAUAUGGGUGAUUCUAUCAAGGAAACACAAAUAUUAAUUGAUCGAUUAAAUGUUUUGGAACGGAAUACUUUGCCACAAAUCAGCAGAUAUGAAAAACUUAAACAACUUACAAAGUUUGAACUUGCUGAGAUCGAAGAAAAUAUGCUGAAUGUGCCAAUAAGUUGUGUGAAUAUUGUUCACAGUCCAGAUCUAGAAAAUAUACAAACACUUUUAAAUUACUAUGAAUUGAACGAAACAGAUGCAUCAAAUGAUCUCGAUGAUUCUAAGCAGAAUGUCGACACAAUGACAGAUGAGAAUUUAAAGGAUACUACUGAUUCACCUGAAGUUAGUUGGGAGGCGACAGAAGAUUCUAUAAGUGACUAUUUAAUGAGAAAACACGAAUGGAUUAAUCAUAAUUGUAAAUCUCGCGAUCGUUCCUGGUAUGAACUAUAUAUGGUCUUAAAUACAUCAGUUAAACAGUUGUUAGCCUAUAAAAACAAAUCUGAUUACAAUGAAGAUAAUCCUCAAUCCAAUACAUUUCGUGGAGAGACUGGAUUAUUGAUGGGACAGAAUCUAUUAACUGCUUGUGAAACAAAGGAUUAUACGAAACGAUCCAAUACAUUUCGCAUUACAUCUACGGCUACCGGAGCUCGGUAUCUAUUCCAAGUUCGUUUGAUAAUUGUCAUUCAUUAUGUUUGAUCAUUUGAACAUCAUCAAUCUAC